UCUAACAUCUUGCCUGAGCACCCGAUAGGGUUGGUUGGGGGGGUUAUGAACUUUUGUGACCCCACUACUUACAGGGAACCCAACUUCCUUAGUCGGGUGCUAGCCUUACAGUCACCGGUUGGGGGUAGUGGCUGGAAGCUAGCCCUUGGAAUUCAUCCCAAGCAUGCAACAACAUACACGGAAGAAGAUUGGGGUACAUUUGUCGCCCUGUUGCAGAACCCCCUCGUAGUUGGGAUGAGUGAAGUCGGUUUCGACUUCUCUGUCCCUUCCCAACGGUGGCCUGACCAGGAGGCGCUGUUCCUUCGCCUUCUAGGUCAGGGCACCCAGGGGAGGGUCCUCAUCUUGCACUUACGAGGGGGGGCACACGCAGACACAAGCUAUGCGGUGCACAAGUUGAGCCGGAGGCUACUCACCAGACAAUGCUCCCCACUUCAGAGGAUCCAUUUACACUGUUAUAACUCUGAUGAAGUACAGGUGAAAGCCUGGGCCAUAGCCUUCCCCCAUUGUUAUUUUGGUUUUACGGGGUUGGCCCGGCAUUUCAAUGCAUCACAGGUCAGGGGGUUGCGGGCGGUGGCCGCAGAUCGCGUGGUCUUGGAGACCGAUUCUCCCCAUCUCCCCCCUCAUCCAGGAAUGGGUGAUAAUUCACCAGACUUCCUGGGUGAUGUGGGGGCGAUAGUCGCAGAUCUGCGGGGGCUGCCCCUAGCUGACCUGAUGAGACAGACAGUAAGGAAUGGGCAAGCGCUGUAUGGCAUAUUUGGCUAAAUAAGCUCAUUUAUUUCCCUUUUUUCCGCAGUUUUACCUUUCCCACUAGGGGGAUUAGC